AUGGGACGAGAUCGGAGCGCGAAUUCUACAAAACCUGCCAAUGGUCCAAAAGCGAACAUUCUUCUCUACCUGGCCAAUAGGAUUGCACCCGACGCAAUCCUGCCACACGUCACGCUCGGCAGCAAUUUCAACAUCCGAGUCAUUCGCAAGCAGAGGAGGCCAGAAGUGGUAAAGAAAGAGUCCAAAUCAUUCCCCGAGGUAGACAUCUUCACCGAGACACGCUUUGCCAUCUGGGAGGAUGAAUGCGGUCUCUUGGCCCAACAAUCACAUCAGCAUGCAAGAUGGGCGGAUGUUCUGUUCGUGGAGAUGGAUGCAGACACAAUAUCAGCCAUGCUGGCUGGCCUGGCAUAUGAUACCGUCCUGAGUAUUCUCCGCUGCUGGGAUACCUCCAAGAGAGUGGUCAUCCUGCCUGAGUUGAGCAUUGAUCAGUGGAAAAGCCCAAUCUGGAAGAGGCAGGUGACCGAGAUCCAGAGCAAUUGGAAAUGGAUUCAGCUUCUUCGCCCAGCGCUCUGGGACAUGGAAGAUGACGGAGGGAUCAUCUCGGAGUCUGCGGCGGACUGGGUCUGGGACUGGCAAGGGCCAGAAGAAGUAGUCAGGGCCAUCCAGACAGAGGCACAAAAGAUCACCCACAGCGAUCACACCAACACCCUAUCCACCUACACAUCGACCAACGACAAAUUCCCGUCGACAAAGCGCAACCUUCGCAACAAGCGCAGUCCGACCCGACCUCGCUCUAGUCUACCACCUGAAAUCUGGACGCUCAUCUUCGAAUACCUCGGCGACUGGGAAUACGCCACCGCGCUCGGGAUCUACACCACUCUGCCCACCCCUUACGAAUGGCUCCCACAUAUCCCCAAAUCCCCCUCUCACCCAGCCAGCCUCGAGUACACGCUCCUCACAGCGCCCUACUCCACCAUCCGCACCACCCUGGACAACAACUCGUCCGCCCCCUCCACCCUCUCCCCGCUCGCCAUCAAACAAGAGCGAAGAGCGUAUGACUUGCAUUGUUACAUUCUAUAG